AUGGCGUCCCAGCUGGUUGAGAGCCACCGUGCCGGCGCCGAGGUCCACAAGGGGAACGAUAUCUGCAAGAAGAAGACCGUCGAGCUUCUCGAAGUGCUUGGCCUCCCGAAAGGCCUCUUUCCUAUGGAUGACAUCGAGGAGGUCGGGCACAACUGUGAGAGUGGGUUCGUGUGGAUACUUCAAAAGAAUAAGAAAAAGCACAUGUUCAACAAGCUCAACCAGACCGUCUUCUACGACACUGAGGUGACCGCUUUUGUGGAAAAGGGCAAGAUGAAGAAGGUCACCGGGGUCAAGGUCGAGGAGUUUUCUUUGGUCGAGGUCUAUGUGGAUGAGUCUUCUGCUGAUAAGGUCACCAUCAAGACCGACACCGGCCUGUCUGACACCCAUGAUGCGGCCGUGUUCGCUCUCGGAGAAUAG